GUCCUCUUUCCUUGCGUGUGAAAUUUCAUGCAUAUUGGCAUCCAGUAUAAGGCCACUUCAGCGGUUGGGCGAAAUCGCUUGCUCUUAAGGGAUGUCCACGUUUUCGCAGCGGUUCGCGGGACUCAAAGAGAAGCUAGCAGACAAGUUUGCGGAGUUCAAAGCAGAACUUGCAGCCCCUCAGGACCCGCUGGAAAAGGAGGUCUACGAGCUGGUAGACAAAGCUACCAGCGAUGGCCUUAUCGCUUCUGAAUGGACUCUCAACUUUGCUGUUGUGGACUUUAUCAACAGCGAUGUGCGCCUUAACAGCGGACGGGCGCUCAGGGCCCUGAAACGGAGCUUGUCAAGGCCAAAUACCAAAGUCCAGUUGCUUUCACUAACGCUCCUGGAAACAUGCGUCAAGAACUGUGCAGAGGAGUUCCACAUCCACUUGGCUGCAAGCGAGCUCUGGGCCGACAUCGUCAGGCUCGUUAGUGACACAAGCAUCACGAGGGCUGACGCCGAAGUUCGCGAUAGGAUGCUUGCGUUGGUGGAGGACUUUGCGCGCUCGCUAAAGCCCAGCCAGUUCCAGGCGGCAUACGAGAGCCUCCUGGACCGCGGAACCGACUUCCCAGUGCGUGGCACCGAGGACGCAGUGCCCGUCCUCGGGCCCCCGCCCUUGAGCUCCCACACCCCUGCGGGCGGUGCAGCCUCCACCGCGGCCCCAGCAGCGUCCGCGCAUGGCCCGGCCGGCGACAGCCGCGCCGCCGCCUCUGGUGGUGGCGCCGCGAGCGGCGGUGGCGGUGGCGGCAACAACGACCCUUUUGCUGGCGUGGACGAGCAGGACCGAGCUGCCAUUCAAGCAGCUCUUGAAGAGUUGGAGGCGGUGGCUGAGGUGGAGGCGGCGCAGGCGGCGGAACGAGCCGCUGCGGCCGCCGCUGCUUCCGAGGCGGAGGCGGCUGCAGCUGCGGCGCAGCAACAGCACCUACAGCGGCAGCAGCAGGAGCAGGAGCGCGAGAGGGCUGAGGCAGAGGCGGCCAUACGCAUGGUAGCUGCGGCAGAGGCAGCGGAAGCCGCCGCGGCCGCUGCUGCUGCUGCUGCGGGGCCGGGACCUAGCAGCGGUGCGGUUCCGGUUCCGGUUCUGGCUGAGCCCCUGGGCACUGACGCGGAACCGCCGCUUCAGCAGCAGCAGCAGCUGCUGCCGGGGGGCUUGCAGCAGGGUGGGGAGGAGCAGCAGCAGGCUGCUGGCAGGAGCGGUGAGGCGCAGCGGCAAGAGCAGCAGCAGCAGCCGGCAGCGGAGCGGGCGCAGGAGGGGGCGGGUGAGGUGGGGGCGGUGGAGGACCGCACGUUGCAGCUGCUGGAGACCGCCAGCAACAGCGCGCUGCUGCUGAGUGAGAUGCUGGCAUCCAUCCCCGACUCGGAGCCGCUCGCCGUGCGAGAGCCGUACGUGACGGAUCUGGCAGACAGCUGCAUCCGGCUGCGCAGCCGCCUGGAGCGGGCGCUGGGCUCGCUGGCGGACGAGGCCCUCCUGUCCUCCGCACUCGCCCAACACGAGGAGCUCACCCGCGUGCUGGCGCGCUACGAGGAGCUGCUGGCGGCGGCGGAGUCGCUGCAGCCCUCCGCGCCACGCAGGCAGCAGCACAGGCACCCGCAGCAGCAGCAGCGACAUGCAGGAGCGGCUGGACCCAUGGGUCAGCAGGGCAUGGGUGCGGGUUUCGAGCAGCAGACGCAGAGGCAGCAGCAGCAGGUGCCGUUCUUUCAGCAGUUGCCUGGUUCGACGAGUGCUGGGGGAGCGGAGGCUGCGGCCGGGGGGCCUCAGAGCAGCGUGACGCAGACGGCAGCGGCGGUGGCCGCAGCGCUCAAGGAGCGGGUGGCGGGCGCCUUCGACAAGCUCAUGGCGGCCGCAGCGGCGGCUCGUGCGCCGGGGGGCAGUGGUCCGGGCGGCAACGCCGCGACGGUUGGUCUUCUAGCGGGCGCCUCAGGCUCCGGAACCGGCAGCCCUACGGCGGCGGGGGCAGCUGCUGCGGCGGGGGGCCUGACGGGCAGCGCAGGUGGGGCCGGUGGCGGGACGUUCACGCUUCUGGACGAGGAGGAUGAGGACGAGGAUGCGCACGAGGGCAGCGCACUGAUGACGAAGCGCGCGGUGGCGGCGGCGAACGAUCGGCGGCCGCAGCCGCUGUCCGCCCACGGUGUGUACCAGCCGCCCUCGUUCCAGCCGCAGGAGUACUUCCAGCCUGCGCCCCCGCCUGCGUACCAGCAGGCACCGCAGUAUCAGUCGUACGAACCGCAGUACGGCUUCCAGCAGUACGAGCUGCCGUACCAGCAGCUCCAGCAGCAGGGCUACCAGCCAUCUGCGGAGCCGCUGCAGCCCCAGCAGCAGGCAGCUACGGCGGCCUCAGCAGCAGGUCCGGACCUCAUUAACUUUGAGGAGGAGGUCACGGAGCAGCAGGCGCCACCGCCGCCACUGCCCCUCGGCCCGCAGGAGCAGCCGCAGCCGGGGCUGCUGCCCCACACGGUGUCGUCAGGCGGCCUGCGGGCGGAGGGGAGCUCCUCGGGGUUCGUGGCGCAGUUCGCACCUCAAGUGACCGAAGCGGCUGGGCCAGGUAUCGCCACUGCCGCAACGGGCCAGCCAACCGCCGCCGCCGGCGCGCCGGAAGACCUCCUUUCCGGCCUAAACUUCUCCUCCGCAGGUGCCGCCUCUCCCGCCACCACCGUCCCCGCCACCACCGCCGCCGCUCCUUCGCAGCAACCGGACCAUGUUCCCACACCUCCCGUGUCGCAGUCCCUUAUGGGCGAUCCGCACUCCUCAUUCGAGCUGCCGAUGCCGCCGGUGCCGCCUUCGCAGGCGCCAGUGAUGACCCAUGGGUCAUCGCCCGCGCCCCAUGCGGGCGAGCCGGUUUUGCCCAGCAGCACCUCCAAUGGCGACCAGCUGGUGGCUGCGCUGGACUUGCUGGUGGAGCAGGAUGGGAAGGCAUCGGAGGAGGCAGCCGGGCAGUAACGCACGGAAGCAGCCAUGAGUUAGCAGCAGCAGGGAUGGCGGCGGCGAGAGUGACAGCAUACAUAACGUGAAGCAGCCAGUUUGUUGUUGUGCAGCGAGAGGCAGGCAGCAGCAGCAGCGUUGCCACAUGAAGAAAAGCAUUGGUGGAACCUGCAGCAGUUGUUACAUAGCAAAUAAUAUUCGAAACAAAGCAGAGGGCAGCAUGAAACGGUUAGGACCGUUGGUGCAAGCAAGAGCGGUGGUGGCAGCCGGCUGUUUCCACGGCAGCAGGAUGUGGAGAGAGUAUACGGGACACUUGCUGCUGCCCUUCUUGUCAAGAAGAGUUUUUUCCACGUUCGUAGAAGCAGGGGUGGUUGCGGCUCAGAGCGCAAGGGCGGGGGGGAUUUGGUACCAUAACGUGUGGAUGCAUGGCUUGGUUGGGGCUUGUUGAUUUGGCGAGUCUGUCCGUCUGUGUUUUUGCUAUGGGGUUGUAAAGGAUGGAAUAGGUAAUGCGGGCCCCUACACUACAAUACGCCGCUAGCUUCAUUGCGCAACCCCUGUGUUGACUGUAGGCCGUUGUGUCACUGGGUUGCCUUAGGGGGCGCGCUGGGCGGCCCCCGUCAUUCCUGAAAAAGUUAAGAUCCUUCUGUUGCAAUAUACAGCAGCCGUUAUGUACAAGACCUAACCGGGAUACCCCCCACACAAAAUACCUAUGCAUUAAACACAGGUUCUUAGGCCAAUAGUUCACACAAAUUCAAGCUAAUUAUGGCCACAUACCCUCGAAUUACUUUGAAAAGUUCACACAAAACUCCUGUACACCUCUCAAUC